GGGGGGUAGGAGCCUGGAAGCUGGGCUCAAACCUCGCUCUCCUGCUGAUGGAGGGACGCAGGCAGGUGGCCAGGCCUUUUGGCUGCAGGGCUCUAACCCACCACACCUACUCACAGGUGCCAGGGCACUUUCUUUUUAAAUUAAACCUGCCUCUCAUCACCCAGGUGUUAAAACACAUGACCACAUUGUUCCUGCUAGUAUUUUGCAAGCAGAAGCCCCUCUCCUGCCCAGAUGACCCUUUUCAAUAGUUGGGGCCCAGCCGGGCCAGCUUCUUUCUCUCAAGGGCUCUCCAGAGAGUCCGGAUUUGAGACUUGAGGCCAAGGGGCAAAACGGAGGCUACUCCUUGGGGACUUAAGUCCCUUCAGGUUUCAGGAGGCUCCUUCUGAACUGAGCUGUCAGGCUGUCUUGGAUCAGCUCCGGCAGGAGUUCCCCAGGUUCCCCCCUCACCUGGCAGCGCAGGUGGAGAGCGUGAACUUGACGCUCCAGAAGAUCCGGCAGGGCCUCCAGGAGCAUUACAAGCAGAUGGAGAGCUUCCUGUGGACAGUGGAGACCUGGAGCCAGGCCCUGGGCUUCCAGCCUGCGGAGGCCAGCCCCGAGGCUUCCCUGCAUCCAGAGGCCGAGACCCCACAGCCCUCCGGGCUCCAGGGGCCACCCUUCGAAGACGUCCUGGCCGCGAGGUCCUCAGACUGGCUGCGGCAGCCCUCCAGAGCAGGCACCGGGCCCCCCAUGCCGGACACGCAGUCCCCCUGGGACCCCGAGCCCCGGUUUUGGCAGGACGUUCUGACCGAGCAGCUCUGGCAGAUCUUUACGGGGACCCACAAGAGGGACCAGCGCUGCAGAAUCCCAGCGACAGAGCGGUUGCCAGGCCUGGAGAGCCAGGACGCAGGACCACAGGACUCAGGACUGGAACCACGGAGCGGAGAUGCUUUGGUGCCCAGCCCACCCGAGCCCUCCCCCAGUUCCCCCGAGGGCUCCAGAGAAGAGAGCUCAGAGCCAGGCCUGCCAGGCCUGGACACUGACGGGACGCUCUCCCACCGCGUGGCCCAGGCGCCUGCUGGGAGAGCCUACCGGUUCCUGAAGCCCAUAUGCUGGGACCCUGAGGAUUUCGAGGACACGUGGAAGAGACCAGAUGCCUUGCCCUGGCAAUCCCAGAAGGCAGCCAUCCCGCGCAGAGCGGAGAUGAUGCGAACGCUAAAGCAUGGGGAGCCGGUGCUCGCCACGGCCGUCAGCAGCUGCACACGACACGCGUUCACCUGCGGCCGUGGCGGUGUCAAAGUGUGGAGCCUGGUGGGCGGGGGGCUGGAGGACCGGCACCCCGAGAGCUACCUGCGUGUACAGACCCCCCAGGCCUACCUGUGCACCUGCCUGCUGUCCCCGACCAGCACGACCCUGCUGACGGGCGGCCACAACCUGGCCGGCGUGAGUGUGUGGGACCUGACCGCGCCCUCCCUGCGUGUGAGCGGCGAGCUGCCCUGCGCAGGCCUCACCUGCCAGGCCCUGGCCUCCGGCCCCGAGGCCACCCUGGCCUUCGCGGGCUUCACCGAUGGCACAGUCAGGGUCUGGGACUUGCGGGACCAGAGUAUUGUCAGGGACCUGCCGGGGCCCCCAAACGGAACCAAGAGCAUUGCUGUCAAAGACCAGAACAUCUGGACGGGGGGGCUGGACACCUGCCUGCGGUGCUGGGACCUGAGGACCCCCGGGGAGCCCCUGGAAUACCAAUUCGAGUCUCAGAUGAGCAGACUGAGGCCCAGAGGUGUGAAGUUGCUCGUCAGGGCCAGGAAGCCAGGAAGCCGGCCGGAGAUAAUGAGCCUGUCCCCCAGUCCCCACGAAGACUGGGUGCUGGUGGGCACAGCCAGUGGCCAACAGUGGCUACAGCCCGCCCGAGGGGGCCAGAAGCACAUGGUGGGCUGUAAGGACAGCACCAUCCUGGGUCUCAAGUUUUCCCCAUCCGGCCAGUGGUGGGUGAGCGUUGGGACGGAUGACCUGGUCAGCAUCUACGGCAUGCCCGGGGGGAUCGUGGUGUUCCAGGUGCCCGAGACCUCCUCCAUCCUGUGCUGUGAUGUGUCCCCCAACAACCGCCUGGUCGUCACGGGGUCGGAGGACCACGCCUCAGUGUACCAGAUCACCUACUGAGGGGCCUGGCCCUGUCGUCCUGACUCAGGACCCUUUUUUUUUUUUUUUUUUUUUUUUUGGUCCUUUUCCCCCAACAAGGUGGAGGGGUGGCGGGGGCGGGUCUCUUCCCCACUGCACGGGUAGUAAAGCAAUUGGAAGAA